UUUAAAGGUGGGGAGCUCUCUAUGAACUGUCAUGUCCCGGGGGUGACAGUGAUCAGGUGGACUCUGUGAACGGGAUUGCUGGGCUGAAGGGGGGGGUGCUAUCCGGGGGCCAGAGCUUUGGUGUCCGCCUGAGUCGGGAGCGAUUGGAUGUCGGGGUCAGUAGGAGAAAAAACAACCGCAGGACCGGGAAAGGUGGAAUAGUUUUGUUUAAGGGGGCUUUGCGUGUGCGGUGUUGGACCAGCGGAAAACCUGACGCCGCGGAGAGGAAGAUCCGCCGGUCACUGGUGUGGCCACUGGGAAGGGGAACCGGGGCAGGGGACGCACGGAGACCGGCGGCGGACGAUCCCCAGCCUGAGGGGAGACGGAGAAGAUUGUCGGCUGUGAUUGUCGGGGAGGGGAGGGGGUGGAAGAGACUUGACAAAAGCAGCUUCUACACUGAAGAGAUGCGGACCCUGGCUGGUGCCACACUAUCCCUGGGCUCUCUGGGGCUCCUGCGCCUGUUUGGGGUCCCCUGGUCCUGGAGCUUGGCAGCCAGUCUGGGGGUCUACCUGGGCACGGGCGGCUGGCAUUACUUCUACAUUGUGCUCAGGACAGCUAAAAGGGACCUCAAAGGCCUGUACGUCCUCCUGCGGGUCAAGCUGGCCCUCCGCCGGCACCUGCGGGCUGGCAGCACCAUCCCGUCCAUCUUCUCGGAGACGGCGCGGGCCCACCCCGACGAGCCGGCCCUGAUCUACGAGGCCACGGGAGAGGUCUGGACAUUUGCCCAGCUGGAGCACCGCUCCAACGCCGUGGGUCAGUGGGCGCUGGCGUGGGGGCUGGCUCCGGGGGAGGUGGCAGCCAUCUUCAUGGAGAGCCACCCGCUGAUGGUAGCCCUGUGGCUGGGGCUGGCCAAGGUGGGGGUGGAGGCGGCCCUCAUCAACUUCAACCUGCGCCGGGACGCCCUGCUGCACUGCGUGAGCGUGUGCGGAGCCCGGGUCUUCAUCUUCGGGGCGGAGCUGGCCGAUGCUGUAGAGGAGGUGAGCGACUCCCUCAGUAAAGCCAUGGUGCGGUUCUGCACGGGCGAUAUCAGCCCGGGUCGCCUGGCCGCCUUGGGAGCCGAGCCCCUGGAUGUUCUCCUGGCCUCGGCGUCCCACGUUCACCCUCCUCGCACCCACCACAAGGGCUUCAACGAUCGUCUCUUCUAUAUCUACACCUCGGGCACAACUGGGCUUCCCAAAGCUGCUAUUGUAGUUCACAGCAGGUAUUACCGCAUUGCAGCAUUUGGGUACCAUGCAUUUGGAAUGCGGCCAGAUGACAUCGUCUAUGACUGCCUCCCCCUCUACCACUCUGCAGGUAACAUCAUGGGAGUGGGCCAGUGCCUGGUCAACGGCCUCACCGUGGUCAUUAAAAAGAAGUUCUCGGCCAGCCGCUUCUGGGACGACUGUGUCAAGUACAAUUGCACGGUAGUGCAGUAUAUCGGGGAGAUCUGCAGGUACCUCUUAAGCCAGCCCAGCCGGGAGGUGGAGAGGCAGCAUCGGGUGCGCCUGGCGGUGGGCAACGGCCUGCGGCCCAGCGUGUGGGAAGCCUUCACCCAGCGCUUUAACAUCAAGCAGGUGGGCGAGUUCUACGGCGCCACCGAAUGCAACUGCAGCAUCGCCAACAUGGACGGCAAGGUGGGGGCGUGUGGGUUUAACAGUCGGAUCCUGCCCAACGUGUACCCCAUCCGGCUGGUGAAGGUCAACGAGGAGACCAUGGAGCUCAUUCGGGACCGCAGUGGGCUGUGCGUGUCCUGCAGGCCAGGUGAGCCGGGGCUCCUGGUGGGACGGAUCAACCAGCAGGAUCCCCUGCGGAGGUUCGACGGCUACGCCAACGAGUCCGCCAACACCAAGAAGAUCGCCUACAACGUCUUCAAGAAGGGCGACUCGGCCUACCUCUCGGGUGACGUGCUGGAGAUGGACGAGCUGGGGUACAUGUAUUUCAAGGACCGCAGCGGGGACACGUUUCGCUGGAGAGGGGAGAACGUCUCCACGACGGAGGUGGAGGGUACCCUCAGCACCAUCCUGGGCCAGACGGACGUGGCUGUGUACGGGGUACCUGUGCCAGGGGUGGAAGGGAAGGCAGGGAUGGCAGCCAUCGCUGACGGAGAUGGGCGCUUUGACCAGGAGCGUUUCUACAGGGAGAUCCUGAAGGUGCUGCCCCCCUACGCCAGACCUGUGUUCCUGCGGAUCUCCCCCCAAGUCGACACUACAGGUACCUUCAAAAUCCAGAAGACAAGGCUGCAGAAGGAGGGAUUCGACCCACGUCAUUCAUCUGAUAGGAUUUUCUUCUUGGCCGCACGAGCCGGGGGUUACAAGACCUUGGACGAGGAAUUAUAUAGUGCCAUUAUAGGAGGCAAGGUGCCUCUAUGAGAAAUGGAGACUUAACUUUGGCUCAAACUGACUGACCCCGGCCAGCAGCAAGUGUAUUUCUAGACAAAUCUGAACAAAAGCCUUUGGGGAAAACUCUGGCUCCAGGUUUCUUGAAUGCUUUCGUAGGAAUAACCCCCAGUCCCCAGCGCUGGAAUGAAAUGAAACCCAGUGGACCCGGAAGGAUCUGAACACCUUUCUUUUGGAACUUGAAAUAGAUGCUGCUUGACUGAAAAAAAUCAGUUACAAAAGUGAGGUUGAAGCACAGGACACUAAUUGUAGUUUUCUAAUUUAUAAAAAAAUAACUAUUUGCAAUGUCUUUUUUUUUCCCCUGAGAAGCCUAUCUUCGUUUUAUUGCAUGCCUGGGGUUCCUCAGUCCAAACCAGCUCCUAUCCCUGACCCUCAAGUUGUCACAUUUGCAUGGUGUUGUGGGUAUUUCAUCCAUUCUGGUGCUGAUAAACAGGCACUUUCUGGCUUUGAAGUCAAAUGUGGGCAUUAGAAUGCCUGUAGGUUGGCACAGUGUGAAUUAUUCUACUUCUAGUAGACAGUACCAUAUUCAUUGUGGAAGUGGUGAUAUCAAAGUGAUCAGUUGGGGAUCAUUUCUUCCAAUUAUGCACUGGAAGAAUAGACAUUAGUCUUGCCUUUAGAAGUGGCGAAUGUUUGACGCACUGCGGUGAGGGAAUUACGAGUUCCUGAUCAGCUCAAGUUUUACUGCUACACCCUUUGUAUCGGCAAAGUGAAAAAGAGCAACAGCUGCCACACUUGAUCUGUCAUCCUCUGUUUUACACCUGGAACAGGGGUCUGUCCUCACAGGUAACACUACAAGCUCCCUGGAUUGCUGUUGGCACAUUAAUUGACAUGGAUUAAUACUUUUAGGAGAAACAAUGACAAAGAAUUGCACUGUACUCGCAUCGGAGAAAGCUGGUUCUUUUUUUAAAAAAAAACACCAUAAAAAGGAAGCUGGCGAAAAUAGUGUACUGUAUGCUCUUGAGCACCUAGAGAUUCAUUUUAUAGUUCAAUAAUGACAGUUGAACAGGAUAAUGUUAAACGCAAAGAAUAGGCAGAAAACCCUACGAGGAGGAAUUUACACCAAUGUAAAUAUCCUUUUUAAGCUAUACAACUCUAGUUUACCGUAAGACUAACAUAAGACAAUUUUAUUUCUAGUGGGGGGGGGGGUAGGGUUAUUCUUUAUUUCUAAUGCUUUGGGUUUGUUUUAGUCACAAGUCACAUGAUUAUAAAAGACAAACAAAUCUCCAGAUUCUAGUUUAAACCAAGUAGUACGCCUUGUUUUUUUCUUCAUUUAAAAAAGACUGCCAGAAUAGUAGGAAAAUGAAAUCAUGAACAGCUAAACUUGUCUUCACUUCUGGUGUCAACCAUGAAUUUUAACCUGUAACCAAACUUGUUGUUUUUUUUUUUAUUUUAAACACUUUGUGAACACUUAAUUUGUAGCAUAUGUGUGCAUUAUGUUAUGUUACAAACCAAGAAGUGCCUUAAGAUACAAAUGGAAAAUUAUCUCUGCCUUUAGUAUGAUUUGUUGAAAUCGCUUCUUAUCAGCCGUCUCCCCUAUGAACCGUGUAUUUUCAAGAGUUUUCCUGAGCACCUGCAUUUUUGGGAUUAUCAUCAUUGUGAAAAAGCACAGUAAAUUGUAUUAAAUCAUUUUCAAAGGGAAAGAGAAUAAAUAAUAUUUAGGAAAACAAUGCCAUUA